GGUGUCUUGCAUUUAAUGCUCAACUGUUUACAGAAAGGGAGGUCGAUCGAUCAUCGAGGAAAUUAAUCCCCAUUUGCAACAUUUCUUGAGCACAUUUCCAUCCAUCUCCAGCUUUCGCCAUGAAACCUUUUUUCAUCCUCUCCUUCUUGUACCUAGCUUUCGGGGCAGUUUUAUCAAGUUCUCAGAAAUAUGAGUCAAUUUUCAACUUCGGUGACUCCCUCAGUGACACAGGAAAUUUCCUUCUUUCUGGCGCCCUGGCAUUUCCAGUUAUAGGAAAGCUCCCUUAUGGCGAGACCUUCUUUCAACACGCAACGGGGCGGUGCUCCGAUGGACGCCUAGUGGUUGACUUCAUUGCUGAGGCAUUUGGGCUGCCGUAUCUUCCUCCCUAUCUAUCAAUAGCCGACGGUAAAGAUUUCCGCCAUGGAGUAAAUUUUGCUGUCGCCGGAGCCACUGCACUUGACUCGCAAUUCUUCUAUGAACGAAAAAUCGAAAAACUCCUAUGGACAAAUGACUCUUUGAGCGUUCAGCUUGGUUGGUUUAAGAAGCUUAAGCCCUCCCUUUGCACAAGCAAACAAGAUUGUGAUAACUACUUCAAGAAAUCGCUCUUUCUCGUGGGAGAAAUUGGUGGAAAUGAUUAUAACUAUGCUUUCUUUCUCGGUGGAAGCAUUAAACAACUUAAAGCCGCCGUACCUCUUGUGGUUGGAGCCAUUACUAGGGCUGCCAGCGCAUUGAUAGAAGAAGGUGCGGUGGAGCUGCUGGUGCCGGGGAAUUUGCCAAUUGGGUGCUCGGCCGUCUACAUGACCUUGUUCGGAAGCCCAAACAAAGCAGACUAUGACCCAACGAAUGGGUGUUUGAAGGCAUUCAAUGGUUUCUCUAAGUAUCAUAAUAAUCAGCUCAAACUUGGUCUACAGGCACUUAGAGAAAAAUACCCUCAUGCAAGAAUAAUUUACGCAGACUAUUACGGUGCAGCCAAGCGAUUCUUUCAUGCACCACGACAUUACGGGUUUUUCAGUGGAACCCUAACAGCUUGUUGUGGAGGGGGAGGGCCAUACAAUUUCAAUUAUUCAGCAAGGUGUGGUCACUAUGGAUCCGAAGCCUGUAAAGAUCCAUCGUCUCAUGUAAACUGGGAUGGAAUUCACUUGACAGAAGCAGCUUACCGUCAUAUUGCCAAUGGUCUCAUCAGUGGCCCUUUUUCCACCCCACCCCUGAUCACCUCCUCUUAAUUCCCUCUGAGAUAAGACUAGAUUAAUGCUUGAUCUCAUAAUUCCCUCUCUAGAGAAUAAAAGGGGGGGG